AUCAGCUGCAGCACUGCACCUCCCACUGCUAUUCCUUUCUCCACUGCUGCAGACGUCUGGGCUCUCAGUAAAGGAAGAGGACACAGGCUCUGCUUUUCAGAUCCACGUGCUGAUUCCCCCUAACAACCAGAGACCCAAAUGCUGAAUUGAAUAGGGUGGCCCUGGUGACUGAGAUGGCAUCUUCUUUAAAGAUCUGGGGCACUCUCUUGGUCCUGCUUUGCAUCCUGUGCAGGCUGCUUGUACACAGAAAGGAUGCUUCCUGGAGAGAAUUCAUGAAACAGCACCACAUAAGUCCAACCCGAGAAUUCAGUGAGUACAAAUGUAAUGUCCUCAUGAGGGAGCAAGAAGCUCUGAAAGACAAGAGCUCUCACAUGUUUAUCUAUGUCUCAUGGUACAACAUUGAGCAUAUAUGCAAUAAUGGCAACUGGAAGGGCCGCUACAGAAAUACAUACAUAUGGGCCCAGAAUGCCCUCAAAGUACUCAAGUGUCACCAGGAGAAUGACAACAAUGGCUACACAGAGAGCAGAAGCUUCAAUUACAUUGAAUUCCACUGUGGCACGGAUGGUUAUGUUGAUAGCAUAGAGGAUCUGAAGAUGGUCCAGGCUAUCAGCGACUAGAAGGUCUAUUCACAUCCCUGGUUUUGGUAGUGUACUCAGUACUUCCCAGGUGGUGGUCUCUGCCUACGUCAAUAGCCCCUGCCAUUCCCCACUUUGCAUUUGUGUGUCAAUGUUUUCCAACUAUUUAGAGUUAUGUAUCACAUGGUUUCUUCAUACUGCAACUUUGCCUAUGUUGUUUCUCUGCCUAGAAUAUACUUCUGUCCUCAUUUACCUAAUUUAUUCCUACUUUUUUUCAAGAUUCAGCUCAUAUGGCAUCUCUUCUUGGCUAACUCAAGAAUUUUCCUGAUACUGACUCUUCUUAUACCUACCCAAGCUGAAUGAUCUUCCCUUCCCUAAAUAAACUGUAUUAUUCCAA